CCAAUGAGCUUGUAGAAACUGAAUUGUUCCAUUGCAACUUGUUACGGAGGACAAUGUAAUUGUAUACCCCUUCUGGUGAUAGCUUGCAAAUCACAGGCUUUUGUCAUAUUGUUAUGGUUUUUGCUUGUGGAUAAUGCUGUUAAUAUUUGGUUUGUGACUGGUUUAGAUAUGCAGCACGUUAUAUGAACUAUAAUGAGGGAUUUGGUAAAGGAUGAUCAGACCAGUCUAACCCAAGAUAUAAGGGUGUCAUCUUGGUGACAGGAUUUGGAGAGAAAGUCGAGAUCAUUGCAUCUUUCCCCACUUUUGUUAUGUAUGAAGAGCUUUUUAUUUUUAUGUAGUUUUGAUGGUCUGGUUUGAUUGAUCAUGAAUAUUUUGCAUGCAUUCCAAGCUGUGAUCAUCUGUUUGUGGUGUGCUUAGAUGUUAUCGAAUUGGGAGGACAAGCCUGACUACUGUGCAAGAUCGGAAGAAACAGUUAAGCUACAACAAAGAUACUCAAAAGUUAGACACCAAAAUUCGUGUUUUCAGUUUCUGUUUUGCCAUAUUCAUUGGUGACCUCAACCCUCAGCGACUGCAACAUUUUUGACAAUACAAUCCUAAGGAACUCAAAUGGCUACCCUGUUUGAAAACACUGGACCUCAGCAACAACCCUAUUACGCAGCUUCCCAAGGCCUUCACAAAUCUCUCAUUUCUCGAGAGCAGAGACUUAUCUGGAUUUACAGCUUGAUAUGCUUUCGGAGAUCGCAAGGAGUUUGGAGAAGCUGAAUGUGUUCUACUGCAACUUGGGAAUAUCCAAGCUGGAGCCUGAUGGAGAAAAUGCUAUUGAGCUGAUCAACCGAUCCGGGCUAUACCAUUUGGAAUCUGCAGACAAAAAUGAAGUAACACUGACUAAUAUGCUCACAUCAACAGCAAUGAAGGCAUCUAGUAGGUGAUUCAUCGAUGCCAACAACCAUUUCAGUGCAUCCAUUCUAUAAUAGUGGAUACUGUAAAACUCAUGUGCGAAGCAUAUACACAUUUAGGCCAAAAUUACAGAAGGUGUUGUACAUGACCCAUGUAAUAAGCUUACUGAAAAUAG